AUGGCGAUCCUCUUUCUCAUCCUCCUCCUCUUCUCCUCCUCCUCCUGGUGCUGCCACGCCCAGCAGCUCUACAUAAACAACAAGCAGAUGGCCUGCUCCGACAACAGCAGCUCCACCCUCGGCUACGUCUGCAACGGCCCCCACUCCUGCUCCUCCUUCCUCACCUUCCGCUCCGCAGCUUUCUACAACUCUUCAGUAUCCAUAGCGUACAUCCUCGCAACCGACGCCUCCAACAUCUCCCGCAUCAACGGCGUCGACGAUGUCGUCUCCACCUUCCCCGACGACCAGUUCGUCCUCGUCCCUUUGUCCUGCUCCUGUUCUGGCGGCCUCUACCAGCACAACGCCUCCUUCAACGUGAGGGCCAAUGAUGACUACUUUAAAAUUGUCAACGACACCUACCAAGGGCUCACCACCUGCCAGGCCCUCGCCGCUCAGAACUCCUACAACCCUAGAAACCUCAGCGUCUACCUCCGGUUGAACGUCCCCGUCCGUUGUGCCUGCCCCACCGCCGCCCAAGCCAGCCGCGGCAUCAGGUACUUGCUCAACUACCUCGUUACCUGGGGCGAUGACAUCCCCACCAUCGCCACCCGAUUCCGAGCCGACGAGCAGGCGGUGCGGGACGGCAACAACCUCUCCGCCGACGCCGUCAUCUUUCCCUUCACCACUCUGCUCGUCCCCCUCACGAGCGAACCGACACGAGACUUGAUCGUGACUCCGUCGCAGCCGGCGGGCCCGACGCCUGAGUCCGGAAGCUCCUCCACCAACAAAGGGGUUUUCAUCGGGGUCGGAAGCGGAGUCGGAUGCAAUGUUGUCAUCAAACUGAUGAUUGACAAUGUUGCCGUCGGGAAAGAGCUGAUGCCACACAGAAACAACAACAUUGGUGGUGGUGCAAGUACAUCCAACUCUAACAAUGCUGGUGAGGAAUCACAUGGCUCUGCAACACCAAUCAAAAAGCUGACUAGAAAUCGGGGCUUGAUCAUACAAGAAGCCUCCAUUGUCGAUGAAUCACUAGAAACUGCUACUGCCACAAAAAAUGGCAAGAGAAAACAUUUAUUUCUAUAG